AUGGGUAAACCAGGUGAUCAAGGAAGUAUUUUAAGUGAAUUAGCUCUAAAUUUUGUCAUCCUAUCAAGAAGAUCAGCUUUCAAUCGCGCGAUUUCAUUUGAGAUGAAUAUAACGUUUCACAAAUUCAUGGGGUUCGCUUUAGCUUUCUUUACUGCUAUUCAUAUUGCUACUCAUAUGGCUAACUUUACUCAAUUAACUAUCAAAACUCACACUAGGGUAGUAGGCUUCAUUGGUGCAAAUUUUUCAACUGGUCCUGGUGCUACUGGUUGGAUUAUGACACGAUUGCUCUGGCUAUCAUGGUUUGGUAAGCUAGAGAAGCUCUUAGAAGAGCUCGAUGUGAACGCUUUUGGUAUUCUCGACAUCUUUUUAUUGUCUUCCUUAUUGAUUGGAAAUUAUUUUGUUCGAUCUUUUGCUUUUUGCUGA